UGCUCCAGCUCUCCUUAAAGUUUGUAGACAACAAACUCUUGCAUUGGUGCCUGUUUUUUUCUGAUUUCUGUCUCCUCUGAGCAUUCCUCCAUGGGCUUAGUUUCCUGACAAGGUAAACCCUCAAAAGACUGUGGAAAAUCAGUCUUUGUAGAGCCACCUGUGCUUCGGAGCUGCCUCUGCUGUUGUGGUUAUUGUUGUUGUUGUUGUUGUUGUUACCAGCUGACUACAAAGGGCUCACAGCCCUGCACAGUGGGGCUGCCUUUCGGAUCUGCUGCAAGGUGGUAUCUCUGUUUCACACGAGCAUCUUUCAUGUUGUUUCUUUCAGAGGGCAUUGUGAGUGAGGGGAACCCUGCGAAGAAAUACACUUUACAGCAGCAAAUUGGCCAAGGGAGUUGUGGAACAGUUUUCCGAGGAGUUGACAUUGCCACAGGAGGACAGGUGGCCAUCAAGAAGAUUUUACUUGGAGACCAAAAGCAUCAAAGCGAAAAAGUUGUCCUGAGUAGCAUGAGACACCCCAAUAUCAUUCGCUAUAUAGACAGCUACCUUUUCAAUGAAGAACUCUGGCUGGUGAUGGAAUAUGUGGAGGGAUUCACCUUAGCUCCAUUCAAGCUCUUGAGCAAGAGAUGAUAGCCUCUAUCAGCUGGGAGUGCUUGAAAGGACUGGACUUCCUUCAUUCAAUUCUAGUGAUCCACAGAGUCAUCAAAAGUGGCAAUAUUCUUCUGGGAAUGGAUGGAUCUGUGAAAUUGAGUAGGCGUUCCUCGUCAGGCACAGCAUUCCUGGGAGGCAGGGUAUAUGUAGUGUAUAUAUAUAUAUAUAUG